AUGAGCUCGUCGCUGCUGCUGCCCACGCGCGUGCGCGAGCCGGCAUACGUGGCCAUCACCUGCCCGUACCCGCAGUGCCGCGCCUCGCUCGAGUAUCUGCCGCCCGCGCCCGCGCAGCUCGCCGCGCUGCCCGCCGCCGAGACGACGUUCAAGGCCACCUGUGCCACCUGCGCACAGCGCUUCGAGCCGCCGGGCGCCGCGCGCGUGCUGCGCGAGGCGCGCGCGGCGGGCGGCGGCGCCGGCGCCGCGGGCAAGCAGCUCAAGAACAAGCGCCGCAUCGGCACCGACGAGCGGCCGCUCGACACCGAGAUGUCGCGUGACUUAGCGCCUCAGGCGCCACGUCGACGGAAGCUGACCGGCGAGCUGUACAGCUACGACAUCCUGGGCCUGCCGCCAUCGUGCACGCCCGACGAGAUCAAGAAGGCGUACCGCAAGCUGGCGAUCAAGCUGCAUCCCGACAAGAACCCCAACGAUCCCGAGGGCGAAGAGCGCUUCAAGCGCCUCGCAACAGCAUACUCUGUGCUCUCGGAUCCGGAGCUGCGGCAUAAGUACAACGAGUUUGGCAUCUCGACACCCGGCCUGGUGCCGGAGGACGGCUUCGUCGACCCGGAAGAGGUGUUUGGCUCGCUCUUCGGCGGCGCACGCUUCAACGAUAUCAUCGGCACCAUCUCGAUUGGCCGGGACAUGAAGGAAGCUCUGCAGCAGGACUCGGAGGAGCUGGAGAAGCAGGCCAGCGAGGGCGAGGCAGGCGCCGCCAACGGCGCCGCCAUCGAGGGCGCGGGGAAGAAGGAGGAGCUUUCGCCCGAGGCCAAGGCGGCAAAGGAGGCAAAGGAGAAGGCGCGCGACGAGGAGCGGGCCAAGCAGCGCGAGGAGCGCGUGCGCAAGCUGGCCGAGACGCUCAUCCGCAAGCUCAGUGUCUUCACCGAGAGCGUGCGCAAUGCGCAGGACGAGCAGCUGGAGCGCCAGAUUGCCGACAGCUUCAAGGAGAUCACGCGCAUCGAGGCCGAAGAGCUCAAGACGGAGAGCUACGGCGUCGAGUUGCUGCACGCUGUCGGCUUCAUCUACUCGGGCAAGGCCAAGCACUACCUGGCGUCGACGGGCAUGCUGUGGGGCAUCGGCGGGCUGUACCAUUCGGCCUCGUCGCAGAUGCACAUUCUCCGCGAGACGGUCACGACGGUGCGCGCGGCGCUGGAGCUCAAGAGCGUGUUUGAGGAGCUGGCCAAGGCCGAGGAGAGCGGCCUGAGCGAGGAGCGCCGCAAGGAGCUCGAGGACCAGGCGGCGAGCAAGGGCAUGCGGGCGCUGUUCAAGGGCGCCAAGCUGGAGGUCGAGUCGGUGGUGCGCGAGGUGUGCGACUCUGUGCUCUUCGACCAGACUGUCUCCAAGAGCACUCAGCGCCUGCGCGCCACGGCGCUCGGCAUCGUCGGCUCCGUGUACUGCGCCGUGGAGGCCAACGCAGAGGACAAGGACGCCGAGUAUGUGCGCAUCGAUACGAAGCAGCAGGAGCAGGAGAAGCGGUAG